CAGUUAACACACUCAUCACCGCUCAAACUCCAAAACUUGGCAAUGGCAAUGUCCAUGGCCAUGGCUGCUUCUCUCUUGGGUCUCUCCCCCCCACCUCUAUGUUAUGGAAAUUCCCACAGAAAUCAUGAUAUGGGAUUUAUGACUAUCACAACGCCCUCCUCGUAUUUUCACUCUCUCACUCUGACUCUCAAUUCUAACCCAAAAAGGACUAGUAGUACUAUCAGAUGUCAAUCAACAAGUGCUGAUGAACCAAAAACCAGAAGAAAUUUACUGGAUAAUGCUAGCAACCUCCUUACCAAUUUGUUAAGUGGAGGAAGUCUUGGGUCUAUGCCUAUAGCUGAAGGUGCAGUCUCGGAUUUGUUUGAUCGGCCUCUCUUCUAUUCACUCUAUGAUUGGUUCAUAGAGCAUGGCUCUGUGUAUAAACUUGCUUUUGGGCCAAAAGCAUUUGUUGUUGUAUCGGAUCCUAUCGUUGCAAGACAUGUUCUUCGGGAAAAUGCAUUUUGUUAUGACAAGGGAGUCCUAGCUGAUAUACUAGAACCAAUAAUGGGCAAAGGACUUGUACCUGCAGAUCUUGAUACUUAGAAGCAGAGGAGAAGAGUUAUUGCUCCUGGGUUCCAUGCCUUAAACUUGAGGCUAUGGUCAAGAUAUUUACUGAUUGUUCAGAAAGAACAAUAUUGAAAUUUGAGAAGCUUCUACAAGAAGAGAAAUUGAACAGAGGGAGGAAGACAAUUGAGUAAUCUCAUUGAAUGGGAUUACUCCCAUUUCCAAACCCAAGUGGUUGGUCUACUACGCACUUGAACUAUUUGACUCCAUUUUCAACUAUUUAGGCUAAUAUUCUCUGUUCGUUUACUUUUAUUCGAAGACAUGUUUUAGACUCAAAGCAACCAAAAGGUACAAAAACUCAUUAAAAAAUGCAGUUUUGAAGGUUAAUUUUAAAGGAAUUCUCUCUAAGCCUCUACUGUAUAAUCCAAA